UCUAUUUGGACUUGGAUGGAAAGUGAAAUAUAGAGACUUGGAGGUUGAACAAUCAAAGUUAAUUUGCAUUUAAAGACUUUGUGAAUUCUUUCGUUGGAUAUGUUAAAUUUCAGUUCUUCUAGAAUAGGAUGAUUUCUGCAAGAAACACACGAUCAACUAAAAGAUUUUCAGUGAAAAUGUGAUGUGCUUUUAAAAAAAUGCUAGGCAAAUGACGGUUUUCUCUUAGUGAUAAAGGGACAAAACUGACAACAUCUUAAUUAUACCGAAAAUUUUUACUUCAAUUGAAAUUAAUUUACGAUUUCACAAAUAGACUGAUCCGUUAUGAUUCCUGAUCUGUUCCUUUUUUUCUCAAUCACACUUUGGAUGGGAGAAACCAUAGUUGCAGGAGAGCAUUUUCAAACUGGUCUUUCAUUUAGACAAUUAUUACCGGAGGAUACCUCACAAUAUGACAAGAUGAGACCUCCAAAAAAAGAAGGACAGCCGACCAUAGUUUAUUUUCACGUUACGGUUAUGGGUCUAGAUUCGAUAGACGAAACAAGCAUGACCUACGCAGCUGAUAUAUUUUUCGCUCAAACUUGGAAAGAUCAUAGACUGAGAUUGCCAGAAAAUAUGACCCAAGAAUAUCGCUUGCUCGAAGUGGAUUGGCUGAAAAAUAUGUGGAGACCAGACUCAUUUUUCAAAAAUGCCAAAUCAGUCACUUUUCAAACUAUGACCAUUCCGAAUCACUACAUGUGGUUGUACAAGGAUAAAACGAUACUCUACAUGGUAAAGCUAACAUUGAGACUAUCAUGCGCAAUGAAUUUCGCAAUUUAUCCACAUGACACGCAAGAAUGCAAAUUACAAAUGGAAAGUUUGUCGCAUACAACUGAUGAUAUGAUAUUUCAAUGGGAUCCUGAGGUACCUUUAGUUGUGGACGAGCAUAUAGAACUUCCACAACUAGCAUUGGUGCAAAAUCACACGGCUGACUGUACUCAAGUGUAUUCAACGGGUAAUUUUACGUGUCUCGAAGUGAUAUUUGUUCUGAAAAGACGAUUAGGAUACUAUCUGUUUCACACUUACAUUCCCACUUGUUUGAUAGUCAUAAUGUCGUGGGUGAGUUUUUGGAUCAAGCCUGAAGCUGCUCCGGCCAGAGUGACGCUAGGGGUGACAUCGCUUUUGACUCUCUCCACACAACAUGCAAAAUCACAGGCAUCAUUGCCUCCAGUAUCUUAUCUAAAGGCAGUCGAUGCUUUUAUGUCAGUUUGUACCAUUUUCGUGUUCAUGGCUCUAAUGGAAUAUUGUUUGGUCAACAUUGUGCUCGGUGAUACAGCAUUACCAAAACCAAUUCCUCUGCCGCCACCGCCCGAACCACCAAAACCGGAGAAACCUUUCGACUAUGCGCCUCCGAAGUGUUUACAGAAUGGACGACGCAGUCGAUGCAGCCAGGACAGUUGUAACGAAGUACCAUGGGUUCAACGACAAGAUACACUGAUUUUACAUCCAGCGCCAUUACCGCCAGAGCCGCCGAAACCGAAAUUGACUCCAGCUCAGCAGAGAUUACGUCGUGCCAUUCUGAUUGAUCGAUUUUCUCGAGGUUUUUUCCCAUUCUUAUUCGCGCUCUUAAAUAGCAUUUACUGGAUUUUAUUUUAUGAAUACCUGUAAAAUGGUCUAGCUUUCAUAUUUCCAUAGUAAAAAUUAAUCUUAAAAAAUAUUCAAAGAGCGGAAGAGAUUCAAAAUAAUUUUAAAAAAUUCAUCUGUUUAAUGUCAGUAGUUUGAAAGAGAAAAAACAACAGCAACAACAAUUAUAGAGAAGUGAUGACUUAACUUUAAUGAAUAAUAUUUAGGCCAAGCCACGUUGUUAGAGUAAUUGAAAAACAAAAUACUUACAAGGUGUGAUCGACCUUCUGGAGAGCGAAAGACACCAAUCUACGAGAAAUAAAAUUUUACGAGCUAUUGAUUAGAACACAAAAAACGAUUUUUUGGAAAGGUCCAUUUCGAAAAUUUUCAGUAAUCUGACUUACUUCUGAUGCAUUUGUAACCUAGUCACUUUGAAUUGCUAAAAGUGAGAGUGAGAUAACAAUAAAUCGAGUCGUUUGAAGGCAAAUACCGAAUUUAAAAUAUUUUUUUAAUUCCUAAAUUAGAGAAUUAAGAAUUUUCGAAAAUUUUUAA